AUGCUGUUUUACGGUUUGUAUAACAUUAACUCCAAGCAGCUUUUCCCUCAGACAGGAUUAUCUAGCUAUAGCUGGCCUCGUCAGUCAGCGUUCAAACUACCAUCCAAGAAUGGGAAGAGGUUUAAAAGUUUUAUGAUAGAAGAUAUAUUGAGCGAUAAACAAGAAACAGAGGAUCUAUUGACUAGCUCGUCAUCUUCGAGGAUAUCAGCCUUUCAGCCUCCCCGUGAGUCUCUGGCUGUUCCGUCAUCUGUUUUUCCAGUUUUUCCUGUCAACUUCCACAACAAUAUGCUUCAAAGACCAAUUCCUCGAACAUGUAAUUAUGGAUCUACAGCUCACCGAAAAGACACCGACAAUGUACCGAAAUGUUUCCGAACGAUCCUGAAAGAGAGCCGCAAGAAUCGUCGAAAUCGAACGGUGUUUUCGCGUCUCCAAAUGCAAAAAUUAGAAGAACACUUUGAAAGAAAGAGAUACUUGUCUUCACAAGAUAGGAAUGAUUUUGCCAAGUCUCUCUCUCUGACGUCUUUACAAGUGAAGACUUGGUAUCAGAAUAGGAGAAUGAAGUGGAAGAAAGAAAUGCUGAGUAUUGAUCCAUCAGCAGUGACUACACGAGCCAAAGGCAGGCCAAGAAAAGGCGAGUUCUAG